AUGAACCACAGGACAGCAGCGGUCCAGCGGAGGAUUGUGGACAAGGACGGCCACAAUAAUGUGCGGAUUGACAAUGUGGAGGGCAUGGUCAAGCUUUACCUGCACGACAUCUGGACCACGGUGGUGGACAUGAAGUGGCGCUACAAAAUCACUCUGUUUGCCUCCACCUUCGUCAUUACUUGGUUCAUCUUUGGGGUCAUCUUCUAUUUCAUUGGAAUGGGCAACGGAGACCUGGAGGGGAAUUUACCAUCCAACCACACGGCCUGUGUGGUGAUGGUGCAGACGCUGACCGGAGCCUUCCUCUUCUCGCUGGAAUCACAGACCACCAUCGGCUAUGGUUAUCGUUUCAUCUCGGAGGAAUGUCCCCUGGCCAUCUUCACUCUGGUGGCUCAGCUCGUCAUCACCGGCCUGGCGGAGAUCUUCGUCACAGGCGCCUUUCUGGCCAAACUGGCUCGGCCUAAGAAGCGAGCAGAGACCAUCAAGUUCAGCCAGUUGGCGGUGAUCUGCCAGCACCAAGGAAAGCUGUGUCUGAUGGUGAGAGUGGCCAACAUGAGGAAGAGCCUCCUGAUCCAGUGUCAGCUGACAGGAAAGCUCCUCCACUCAAAUGUGACAGAGGAAGGUGAGAAGACUCAGGUCUACCAGACCGCUGUUGACUUCAAAAUGGACUCCAGUGGGGAGUGCCCUUUCCUCAUCCUCCCUCUUACUUUCUACCACAUUCUGGACGAGCGCAGUCCGUUGGCAGGACUGAACGCAGAAAACCUCCACACGCGAGUGUUUGAGCUGCUGGUCACCCUCAAUGCCACGAUGGAGUCGACGGCAGCCACGUGUCAGAGCCGCACCUCCUACAUUCCCCAGGAGAUCCUCUGGGGCUACGAGUUCAAGCCGGUGCUGUUCGGCACCACAGGCGGGCGCUACGUGGCAGAUUUCAACUUUUUUGACAAGGUACAAGCGAGCAAUGACCCAGCCUUCCUCAAAAGCAACUCAGAGAAGCUGAAGCUCGAGGAGGACUAUAAAAAAGAAUAG